CUAUUCAGCUAAUAACUAUUACUACUACUAUUGUAGCAUUCAGUGGCUUUAUUUCAGUUACUUCAACAAAUGUAGUAAAUUUAAACAAUGUCACUUAAUUAUUUUUAAUACACAUUCAGACUUUACCCAGCCUAACUACAUACUGCAGCUACACCAUGAUCCUGCUCACUCAGAAUUAACAUAUAAUCUCCAUGUGAUGAUGAAUUAUGUUCCAUCAGUGCGACUAAUCACAUCAUGAAUUAUAGAGAUAAUUAUUCACUGAGUCUACGUGUCUUAAGCUUCAUACCAAUUUAACAGUUUAAAAUGAGAUUACACAUUAUGUGCAAUAAACAUUUUAGUGUAACUGCUCUAACAAAGUGACAGAUGUCUUGUGUGCACAGAGUCAAAAUAUCUUGGUAAGCUGAGGCGUUAACAUUUCCCUUCAGUGCAACUAAGGGGCCUAGGCCAACACCAGAAAAACAAACCCCAUAGCGUUAUCUCUCCUCCACCAAACUUUACAGUUGGCACAAUGCAGUCAGGUGGGUGACGUUCUUCUGGCAUUCACUAAACCCAGACUCGUCCAUUAGACUGCCAGAUAGAGAAGCAUGAUUUGUCACUGCACAGAACACAUUUCCACUGAUCCACAGUCACAGUGGUGUGCUUUACACCACUCCAUCAGACGCUUGGCUUUGUGCUUGGUGGUGUAAGGCUUUCAUGCAACUGCUCGGCCAUGGAAACCCAUGCCAUGAAGCUGCCAGCGCACAAUUUUUGUGUUGAUGUUAUUGCCAGAAGAAGUCUGGAACUCCGCAGUUAUUGAGUCAGCAGAGUGUUGGCGACUUUUACGUACUAUGCACCACAGCACUCCGUGACCCUGAUCUGUAACUGUACAUGGUCUGAGUUGUUGUGGUUCCUAAUAAAUAUCACUAAAAUAUUAAUACCACUUACAGUUGAUUGUGAAAUUAAUUUAGGAGGGGAGAAAUUUCACGAACAUUCACUGUAGUGAGCUCUUUAGAACGACCCAUUUUUUCACAAAUGUUUGUAAAGGCAGACUGCAUGGCUAGGUGCUAGAUUUUAUAUGCCUGUGGCAAUGGGACUGAAUAAAACACCAGAAUUCCAAAAAAUAAACAAUAGAGAAAGAUUUGUUGAGUGAAUAUAUCUGAAUGUUAAUUGUAUUCAUUGCACCGAGUGUACCAACCAAAAGGGAACCUCAUUCAGUGUAUGUUAUAGUUUAUUGAUCUGACUUUUUGAGAUAUACGAUAAUUUAGACAUUUAAUACAAUGGUUGAAGGUCAGAGAGUGUAAGAAGGCUGACAUUUUACUACUUCUUAUAUAAACAGACUACCAGUGUGACAACUCAGCGUCAUCCUCAAACUUGAUGUAAGAUUGCCAGCAGAGUAAAGUAGUUUAAAGCUACAAGUAGUACCAUGGCAGUACCAUGUAAACAUUACACUAAUACUGAAGUAAUAUGAGGUAAAGUAGAGCUGUAUCAUAUAAGGUUUAAUCUACAUUAAUACCUCCAGCAGUUCUUCAUUUGUUGCUGUCAUGGUGAAAUACUUCUCUUGCUUUGUAGCCGGCAUUGCCUGGACAACCUCGUCAGCAACCCGCCUUUCUCUCCUGAUCUCUUCUUCGAUCGCCCUGAUUGACUCCUCUCUCCUGCACAGCAAACACAGCAGCGUGGUUAGGAUAAUGGAAAGGUGCCGGCAACCACUUCUACUGCUGUGGUUGACUGCAGUGGUAGCAAUGAAUAUACUGGGAAGUAAUGCUUCGGUUGUGGAAGAAGACAAACUGCAGGUCAAGAAUUUGACCAACCAUCUUCUGCAAGUUAUUCCUCAUUGUGACAACAGCUCCUCUGUUACUAAACUGGUGAUUGAGCGGAGCCUGAUUACCUUGAAUAAGGCUGACAGACUAGCCCUGGCUAGUUACUCCAGACUGGUAGAACUCCACCUGGAUGGUAACCUGGUGACCACUAUACCAGCCAAGUACUUCUCUGUGGUACCACACCUCAGAGUGCUGUCUCUGUCCCAGAACAAAAUCAGCAGCCUGGACCCAGAGUCUUUCUCUGGCCUAGAUGCCCUGACAAAGCUGGAUCUGUCCCACAACCUGCUGACAAAUCUCCAUACACAGCUAUUCAGACGGCUAAAUAAUCUACAGGUGCUGAAUCUACAGGAAAACCCCUGGAAUUGUUCCAGUCUGCUGCUGAGCAAUAUUAGAGAUGUCAAAGAAACAGGAGUUACAAUUGGGGGACCACAAGUCACCUGUGCUUCUCCAGAAAAUCUGGCUGAGAGAGAUUUUGGGGAACAAAAACCACCAGCACCCGUCCACUCUCAGUCUUGGGGCUCAUCCACUAUGCUGAAGACCACAUUGACAUCAACAAAAAACCACAACAUUGACAAAGACCAGACACCUGUGCUUGGCAACACAUGGAAGUUCACAGCAUGUGUUGCAGCCUUAGCGCUAAGCACCACCAUGCUCAUCGUAUGUGCCAUAAAGGGGCCUUCCUGGUACAAACUCUUCCACAACUAUCGUCACCAGAGACUGCAUCAAGAAGAUGAGGAGGAGGACGUUAUGUCAACAGCCCUGUCAGAGGCCUGUACCAACCAUCAAACAUUCACCUUCGAGCAAGAGAAUGGGCAGAUGGAGGAUGAUGGGUAUUUUGAGGAUCCAUACAUCAGGAGGGAAUAGUAACACGCAGGAGACAUCAGCAGAACCGUGAAGUAGCAAACAGCAGCUGUCACUUGUGUACUCUGAAAACUAGGUGCUCCCUGUGGACUGUUGGUAAAGGAAUAAUUCCUGUAUAUGGGAUAUGUACAGUAUACAUCACCUUAGGUUGAUAAGCUGACAGCCGAAUACAAUUAUUUAGGUAUUUGUUUUCUAAGCACUGGUUAGACUAAAAAUUUGUCAUGGCUCUGUGACUCCUACUGGAAGACUGUUGAAUGUUGGUUAUCAAGUAAUUAAAACUCAUUGUACCGUU